GAUCACAAAUAUGUGGAAUUUGACUUCCUUAUCAAUGGCCAGUUCUUGCGUGUGCCACUGGUCACACACAUGGAAAUGGAAAAUAUCUCUACAGAAGAAGUGGUGGAAAUAGAGUAUGUGGAGAAGUACAUGGCCCCUCAGCCCGAGGAAUGCAUCUUCCAUGAUGACUGGAUCAGUUCUGUUCAAGCCACUGAAGAAUGGAUAUUAACUGGCUGCUAUGAUCAGACUGCUCGAAUCUGGUCUUUGAAAGGAAGAUCCAUCAUGACAAUAGCUGGGCAUACAGAAGUAGUGAAGGACGUGGCAUGGGUGAAGCAAGAUAGCUUAUCAUGCCUGUUACUCAGUGCUUCUAUGGACCAAACUAUCCUGCUGUGGGAGUGGAACGUGGAAAAAAACAAAGUGAAAGCCCUUCACUGCUGCAGGGGACACGCUGGGAGUGUAGACUCCAUUGCUGUUGAUUGCACAAGAACUAAAUUCUGCAGUGGAUCUUGGGAUAAGAUGUUAAAGAUCUGGUCUGCAGUACCUACGGAUGAAGAGGAUGAAAUGGAUGAAGCAGCUAACAGACCACGGAAGAAGCAGAAAACUGAACAGUUGGGAUUAACAAGGACUCCCUUGGCAACCCUCUCUGGCCACACAGAAGCCAUCUCCUCUGUGCUGUGGUCAGAUGCUGAAGAAAUCUGCAGCGCGUCAUGGGACCACACCAUUAAACUCUGGGACGCUGAGACUGGAGAUCUCAAAUCAACUUUGACAGGAAACAAAGUGUUUAAUUCUGUUUCCUACUCACCACUGUGUCGACGCCUCGCAUCUGGAAGCACUGACAGACAUAUUAGACUCUGGGAUCCUCGCAGCAAAGACGGCUCCUUGGUUCUCCUGUCUCUGACAUCUCACACAGGCUGGGUGACAUCGGUGAAAUGGUCACCUACCCAUGAGCAUCAGCUGAUCUCUGGUUCUCUGGACAACAUUGUGAAGCUCUGGGACACGAGGAGUUGCAAAGCUCCUCUAUAUGACUUGGCUGCUCAUGAAGACAAGGUUUUGUGUGUGGACUGGACAGAAGCAGGGUUGCUAUUGAGUGGAGGUGCAGACAACAAACUCUAUUGCUACAGAUACCCAGCUACAGCCUCUGAUGUUGGAGCAUGAAGGUCAACAGCCAGAAAUUUUAAGAAAAAAAAAACACAAAAACCUUUUGCAGCAGUCACAGUCUGUUAGCAUCCCUACACAACCAACAUCUGAAGAAAGGAGUAUUUUGUUACUCAGAGAGAGCUGUUCCUCAUUUAUGUAUUGGUAACCUGUAUCCCUAUUGGUCACAGAAAAAUGGUAACAAGCAGUUACAAAUAUAAUUAGUGUGAAACAAACCAAAGGGCAUUUCCUCUCUU